CAUUAUCCUCUGCCUUCAAGCAAGUUAAUACCUCUUGGUCUCUCUAAUUUCACACCUUUUCCUCAUGGCUCCUGAGCUGCAGAGACCUCGAGUCACAGAGAUACAGGUCCGGAUGGACUGUAAUGGCUGUGUGCAGAGGAUAAAGAAAACUCUUAACAACAUUAAUGGAAUAAAUGAUAUAUACUUCGACCUCCCUCAACAAAAAAUCACAGUCAUUGGGUGGGCAGACCCAGAAUAUAUCGUCAAAGCUAUCAGAAGAACCAAGAGGAAUGCCACCAUUAUUUGCACGCCUAAUAUUGAACCAACACGGUCUCCCAUUCUAACACCAGAACAAGCCCCAGAUGCAACACAGAAGAAAGAAGAAGAUGGACCACCACCUGAGCAAGAAGAAAACUGCAAAGAUCCUCCACCGCUUGAACAGCCUCCUGAGGCGACGGCAUUGCCCAAACUAGAUGAUAGCUCAAGUCAGCAAUCAGAGAGUUGCCCAGAAACAGAAGAUGAGGGAGAGACUCAUGAGAUAUACAAGCAUCCACCUAACUAUCGAUCCAGAUACGCUUCUGGUCAUGAUUAUAUUGAACAACGGGACAGAUAUCACAGGGAAGUAUUUCUAAAAGAGCCACCCACACCAUUAUAUGUGACACACUGCUAUAACACGUGCCAGCCAUCCCCUCAUGUCACCGAAUAUGAAUAUGUCAGAUCAUACAAGCACACACAUUAUAGCCGUAUGGAACUUUACAGUGGAGAAUACUAUAAUGACAAUGAAAAUUUCACGUCAUUGUUCAGUGAUGAAAAUCCCAAUUCAUGUACAAUAGUCUAGAUCGCCAAGAGAUGGUUACCAGAAGUCAAGAAGACUAUUUCUGCCAGAUAAGUUGAUGUAUGAGAUGAUGGCAAUAAUUAGUAAAAUUGUAUAGCUUGGGAGUGGAAAAUAGAAUUAUUUGGGUAUGCGCGUGAGAUUCAAGGCGCAGGAAUUAGAUUCUUUGCUUCUGGAUAUCAGAAGAAAAAGUUCCAGAUUCCUUCCUUAAACGUACAAAAGCUCACAUGGUAUUUCGUGUGACAGAAGAUACGAAGGUCUUGUAUUUUACAACAUUGCAGUCCCGGUCCACGCCGUCCUUAAUUGAACAUAGUUAUAUCAGAAAUCAGAACAGCCUGAAGUAGAAUCAGAUGAGGAUUUUUUUUUUAAUUAUUUUCAGUGACGUCCUUUUCCAACAUGCACGAGAUUUGUAAUCUCUGCUGAGUUUAUUCUAAAGCAGAAAGUUUAUAUGAUGCUUGCACAGUGGAAGAUAACAUUUGAUCAACAA